CUAAUCAGUGGCCAAAGUCCUCUCUGCCUCUCACACAGACACAGUCAGUACUCUCAGAGUCUGUUUAAAUGUGGACGUCUUCCUCUCAGACUAACCUGUGCAGUGACUUUCUCUGUCUACCAGGCCACCAUGCUUCCCUGUACCCUAUCCUUCCUCCUGCUCUUCAUCUGCCUCUCCUCUGGGAUGUCUGCUUCUCUGGUCAGGAGGACAAGCCGUGAAGAGGACGGCCCUCCUGUUCCUACCACGUUCAGGGUUAACACCUCUGCUGUUGUAGGUGUUCCGUCGGAAGUUGAUACCGUGCCGGCAGGUGGCCCGGUCGUUGAUACUGCUGAGGCUGAGGCUGUGGCAGAAGCCCUGGUGACACAUGAGCCUGUUGCAGAUGCCGCUGUAGCUGACGAGGGUGUAGCCGAGGAGCCGGUUGAGGACACCCCAGUUGCUGAUGCUCUGGUAGCAGAUGCCCCUGUAGACGCCCUUAUCAGAACAGAAGAAGAAAAAGAGGCCCUGAUAACAGAAGCAAUGAUUAAAGAGUUGUCUGCACAGGUGGAGAAGGAAGACCUCGCUGAAGAGACAGAGAUUCAAGACGCCAUCUUGAAAGAGUUGGCUGACCAGGAGACCCUUGGGAAGGCAGUGGAGCCCACUGAAGAGGCAGCAGACGCAGAUGCUCCUGCGGAGGACCCAGGCAGCUCUGUGAUACCUGUCUUUGAAGCCCAGGAAGAGGACUCUGGAUGGGGUUUGGCUUCCGUCAGAGAGAGCCUCCAGGCAGCCAACGGAUACUUUGACUCUCUUGUGGAACUGAUGGGGGGACGCAAUGGAGUGUGUCAAUACAAGUGCAAAUACGGUAAAACACCUGUGCAUCGCUAUGGUUACGUGACCCCAGAGCCCAACGGUUGCAGCUCCAACCUCCUAGGAUUCCAGUUUGACAUUGGCAUCCCAGCCAUGACUCAGUGCUGUAACCAGCUGGACAGUUGUUACGACACCUGUGGCUCCAACAAGUACCGCUGUGACUCCAAGUACCGCUGGUGUCUCCACGCUAUCUGCUCUGACCUAAAGAAGAGCUUGGGGUUCGUGUCAAAGGUCAAAGCCUGUGAGACUGUAGCAGAUGCUCUGUACAACACAGUGUGGACGCUGGGCUGCAGAUCCUUCAUGAACAGCCAGAGGGAAGCAUGCUACUGUGAGGGUGAGGAGAGGGACGAGCUGUAGAGAAGCCCAGCUGGGACACAACACUACUCAACACGAGAGAAAGCUGGGAGGAGAGGGACGAGCUGUAGAGAACAUACAGGACAAUAUCCUCUUGCAUGGAUCAUCAUUGGAAAGGGUGCUUGGAACUCAACAUGGAUUCAUACAGUGGGACUUCACACCGCACAAAUGAAAAUAUGACUUUAUUAUUAACAUAGAAAAUAUAACACUUUUCUAUGACAACAUGAAAACAGACAGAGGCUUUACGCUUGAUGAGGAAAUCCCUAACCAGACUUUACCAACCAGUUAAUAGUGGUUAUUACUGUAUGUAGAAUAAAAUAUGAACAUUA